AUGAACUUAAAGAAAGAACAAUGUGAAAUACUCUCAUAUGAUUGGGAUGAGAUAAACAUUUCUAGUGAUGCUUCUGUAGUUGAUUCUGAUAGUGAUGGGGAUAGUAAAUGGUCUGUUUUUAGAGUUGCUACUGACAUGAAUGAUCCCAAGUUUACAUUAGGCAUGACCUUUGCCUCUAAGAAACAGUUUAGAGAAACAGUGCAGAACUAUGGUUUCAAAAAUGGGAAAGAUAUUCGAACUAUUAGAAAUGAUGCUUUAAGGGUUAUAGUUGAGUGUUCACAGGAUGGUUGUCCUUGGAGAAUAGGAUUGAGGAAAGUGCUUCACUCACAUUCUUGGAGGAUUCAAAGCAUGGUUGAUGUGCAUGAAGGUUGUUCUUGGGUUUUGAAAAAGCUAGUGUGGGCUAUUUGGAAGGCCAAGAAACAAAGAAUUGGUGAUGCUGAAGACAACUUCAAGAAGAUAUGGAGCUACUGUGCUGAAAUUUCUAGGACAAACCCUAGGAGUUCUUGUGUUGUGAAGCUUAGUGACUUACCCCUAAUAGGUGUGGAUGGAUGUCACUUGAGAAGUGGAUCGGGUGGGAUGAUGCUGACUACAGUGGUUGUUGAUGCUAAUGAUAGUAUUUUCCCACAUGCAUAUGCUAUUGUUGAAGGGGAGAAAAAGGAGCCUUCGUCUUGGUUUCUACAAUUACUGGUGGAAGACUUGGAGAUAACAGAAAAUGUUGAGCAAGAAUUCUGUUUUAUAAGUGAUAAGCAGACAGGUUUUAUCCCAGCAUUUGUGGAAGUCAUACCUGGUGUAGAGCAUAGGUUUUGUGUGAGGCACCUUCACUCAAACAUGAAAGUGGCAGGGUUUCAAGGGAAUGCACUGAAGGAUGCUCUUUGGGCUUGUGCUAGGGCAACAACUGUGAAUUCCUACACUAGUGCUCUACACCAACUUAAGGCAUUAGAUGAAGAAGCUUAUCAAUGGUUAAGUGAUAAGUCUCCAACAGAGUGGUGUAGGUCUCACUUCUCAACACACAGUCACUAUGAUAUGUUGGUAAACAACAUAUGUGAGUCAUUCAAUGCAACAUUACUUGGGGUUAGGGACAAAUCAAUCAUAGACUGCCUAGAGACUAUAAGGAAAAUGCUUAUGAGUAAAUUAUUUGAUCAAAGAUAG